UAUUCACUUUGCAUUUAGAAUUCGUCUGAAGCGGACGCUUCGGGAUUCGAUGCUUAGUCAUCGUUAUACACAGUACAGUUAUAACUGUACAUUGGUUUUAAUUCUGUAUUUUUAAUACACGUGUUUUAAUUUACAGUUGGUGGGGACACCAACUUCGGAAGUACAACCUGGCAUAUAGAGUCGUACUCUGCCAUUUCGAUUAAAGUCCAAAAAAAAAGCAAUUUAUUUUGGAAUUUCAAUAAAUUAUAAUGUCGCGCUUUAGUGGAGCAUUGCAGUUAACAGAUUUGGAUGAUUUUAUAACACCGUCACAGGAAUGCAUAAAACCUGUAACCAUUGAAAAGACUAAAACAAAAACUGGAGCCAAAAUAUCCAUACAGGAAGAUGGCUAUUAUGAAGAAACUGAGGCUGGAAAACAGAAAUUACAAAAAGUUGAAAUUACCUUGCAAGAUUGUUUGGCUUGCUCUGGUUGCAUAACAUCUGCCGAGGGUGUUCUAAUAACCCAACAGAGUCAGGAGGAAGUACUGAGAGUUUUAAAGGAAAAUCAAGAAAUUAAAUCGGAUGAAUCCAAAGCAGAUGAGGCCAAUCUGGUAGUGUUCACAGUAAGCCAACAGCCCAUUAUUAGUUUAGCGCAACGUUAUGGCUUGCCAAUUGAAAAGGCUGCUGAACACUUCAGUGGAUAUUUACGUCAGAUGGGUGCCGAUUAUGUUUUGACCACCAAAGUUGCCGACGAUUUGGCUUUGUUGGAAUGCCGUAAUGAAUUUAUAGAGAGAUUCCGUGACAAUUCACCUGAUAAACCAUUUCCUAUGCUCUCUUCAUCAUGUCCUGGUUGGGUAUGUUAUGCUGAGAAAACUCAUGGAAAUUUUAUAUUACCCUACAUAGCCACAACUCGAUCACCACAACAAAUAAUGGGUGUAUUGGUGAAACAAUGGCUUGGACAAAAACUACAUAAACCGGCAGAUAAAAUCUAUCAUGUAACGGUUAUGCCAUGUUAUGACAAAAAAUUAGAAGCUUCCAGGGAGGAUUUCUUUAAUAAAGCCUUGAAUUCCAGAGAUGUAGAUUGUGUUAUAACUUCAAUUGAAAUCGAACAAAUGUUGAAUGACACAAAUUUGGAGACAUAUCCUUGUGCACCAUAUGAUUGGCCUUGGGAUGACAAAUCACUCAUAGAAGAUAGCUCAUAUGUUUGGGCUCAUGGCCUAAGCACUUCGGGUGGUUAUUCAGAAUAUGUAUUCCAGCAAGCAGCUAAAGAGUUAUUCAAUGUGGAAAUGACAAGUGUGGAGUAUAAAAAUUUAAGAAAUCCCGAUUUCCGUGAAGUUUCUUUGGAAGUGGAGGGCAAAUCAGUCUUAAAAUUUGCCAUUGCCAAUGGUUUUCGCAAUAUACAAAAUUUAGUGCAGAAACUCAAAAGAGGAAAAGUUCAAUACCAUUUUGUUGAAGUUAUGGCAUGCCCUUCAGGUUGCAUUAAUGGUGGUGCUCAAAUAAGACCACAAACAGGACAGCACGUAAGGGAUUUAACUAUGCAGCUGGAAAAGUUAUAUCGUGAGUUGCCCCAAUCCCAGCCGGAUAACUCCACCACGAAAGUGAUUUACAGCAAAGUCUUUGAUGGAGCCCACACAGAUAAGGCAAAGGCUCUAUUACAUACCAGCUAUCAUGCUGUGGAAAAGAUGAAUACGGCAUUAAAUAUAAAAUGGUGAAGUUUUUAUAUGGUAGCGAAUGCAAGGCAUGGUUGUAAAUGAUUUGUACAAAUGUUAUAAAAUAAAUAAUAUUGAAAGUUAA